GCAAACAAAUCUACAACCAUGAGAUCAACCCUCAUAAGGCUACAGACACUGCCAGCCAUGUCCUGCCUCUAAAACUGUUUUUAGCAUUUAAACGUACCCUACAAGAUCGUAUUUACUCUUUUUAUAGUCGUAUUUUUGUCCAGAGGAAAUAACGCCGUGUUUUUUUUUUCCAACAAAAGAAGAGGAGAAGAUGUGUUCCCGCGCGCUGAAGAUGAGCUGUGGCGUUCAGCUGAUGAGCGCGGCGCUGCUCGUGCUGCUGUCGCUCUCCGGUAAGAAGCAAAAUAGCCAAACCGAUCGAUGCUCUCUCAUAUUGAUACAUGAAACAACAGUUCGAUUCUUGCGACCGCACACUGUCUCUUCUUUCUGUGGUUCUCUCGCAUUUUUCACCGUGUGUGUGUGUGUGUCAGAGUGGGCUGAGAUGCCUCUCUAUGUUAUGUGAGAUAAUGUCGAGUAAUUAUUACUCCAUCAUUUCCGCUGCUGGCAAAACCGUCCAUUAAAAGCAGAUUGUUGUGAUUUUUCUUCACCGCUCUUAACCAAACUGGUUCGUGUUUUAUGUAAAAGGAGCCAAACCCCCAUUAUCUCCAUAUAGCCUCUGCUGACAGCUGCAUUUGUGCACUAUUGUAUCACAGCCUUUAAAGAGGAUUAUGAUGCACUGUGUAAAAAUAUAUAUUGGCUACCCCUUCAGGAGAACGGUAGUGUAGCCCACAUUACAGUGGGUCUCGGCGAGUCAGUGUUUGUGGGUGCAGUGGAUCAAAAUACAGGCCCAUAUUUCGGUGAAACAAAUGCGCUGGUUAUAUAUAAAGGCCCUGUAUUCACCGCACAUAACAAUCUGUCUAUUAGGGGGUGGGGUGUAUAAGAUUACAUGCAACAGGCAGUACAUGUAAACACCUCAAAUCCUGUGUGGUUCAUGUUUAUUCACUGAGAGAGAGAGAGAAAAGGUAGCUACCACAUCAAAGCAUGCCUCCUGAAGGUGUGACCCACAUCUGAUCAAACCACAGCACCACUACUCCACCUGAAUGAGAGCAGCAAAACAGAAGGUGCUCCCCAACAGAUUCAGCUAAUUACUCAAACUGCACAGAAGCUAUGACCAUCCCAUGUCUUGCCAGUGAAAAAAUUAACAUAUAGAGAGCAGGUAAUUGUGCAAACACCCGAUCUGGCUGCUGUCAGGCAAUUGAAUAAGCUUAAUUUUGAUACUGUAAUCCCACAGACAUGGUCUAAUAGGGCCCUACUCUACCUACUAGUAGACGUAAAAGGCUGUGAUCACCUACUCAUUUGCUUGACCCAUUGUUACUAAUGCCCAGUAGGCUUGUUAUGGAGCUCAUGUUUUUUACCCAUCAUUUUUGAAGCUUUGUCUAGAAUACUAUUAUAUUAUGUUUUAACAUUUUAAAUAUUAAAACCUGAUUUUAAUAUUGAAAAUGAUAAUAUACGAUAUAAUAUUCCAGACAAAGAGUCAAAAUGACGGGUAAAAAAAACAUGAGCUCCAUAACAAGCCUACUGGGCAUUCAUAACAUUAGGCCAAGCAAAUGAAUAGGUAAUCACAGCCUCCUGCAUCUACUAGUAGGUAGAGAAGGGCCCUACUUUACCUACUAGUAGGUGUAAGUGAAUAAGUAAUCACAGCCUACUACAUUUGCUAGUAGUUAGAGUAGGGCCCUACUCUACCCACUAGUAGGUGUAGGUGAAUAGGUGAUCACAGCCUCCUACACCUACUAGUAGCUAGACUAGGGCCCUACUCUACCUAGUUGAGUAGGUGAUCACAGCCUCCUACACCUUCUAGUAGGUAGAGUAGGGCCCUACUCUACCUACUAGUAGGUGUAGGUGAAUAGGUGAUCGCAGCCUUUUACAUUUACUAGUAGUUAGAGUAGGGCCCUACUCUACCUACUAGUAGGUGUAGGUGAAUAGGUGAUCACAGCCUCCUACACCUACUAGUAGCUAGACUAGGGCCCUACUCUACCUAGUUGAAUAGGUGAUCACAGCCUCCUACAUCUACUAGUAGGUAGAGUAGGGCCCUACUUUACCUACUAGUAGGUGUAGGUGAAUAGGUGAUCACAGCCUUUUACAUUUACUAGUAGUUAGAGUAGGGCCCUACUCUACCUACUAGUAGGUGUAGGUGAAUAGGUGAUCACAGCCUCCUACACCUUCUAGUAGGUAGAGUAGGGCCCUACUCUACCUACUGGUAGGUGUAGGUGAUUGCAGCCUCCUACACCUACUAGCAGGUAGAGUUGGGCCCUACUCUAUGUACUAGUAGGUGUAGGAGGCUGUGAUCCCCUAUUCAUUUGCUUUGCCCAAUGUUAUUAAUGCUCAGUAGGCUUGUUAUCUAGCUCAUGUUUUUCAACCGUCAUUUUCACAACGUUGAAGCUUUGUCUAGAAUAUUAUUAUAUUAUGCAUUAUUAUUUUCAAUAUUAAAACCUGAUUUUAAAUGAAUAGGUGAUCACAGCCUUCUACACCUACUUGUAGGUAGAGUAGGGCCCUACUAGACCAUGUCUGUGGGAUUACAGUAUCAGAAUUACGCUUAUUUAAUGGCAUGACAGCAACCAGAUCAGGUAGUGCAAAAUAGAAAACGGACCAGGUGAUCCAAGGCAGAUGCAAAGCCAAUGGAUUUUAAGGGUUUUUCCAAGUGUUGCUCUUACUAUUCAGAGUUUAUUAUUGUUUUAAGGGGUUGUGACCAAUUAAGAUCAAUUAUUAAGUAAGGCUGAGUGACAAGGAAAAAGCUGGGUAACAGUACAGGUGAUUGGUCUGAUGGAUGAUAAUGGUUUGCUCAAAGGAAAACAAAUGGACUAAGUGGUAGAGAAGGGUUUUUCAUAAGUACAAACAUAAAAAGACGGUUUGUCUAGAUGGGAAUCCUAGUAUCUGAACUGAUCCCAUUUUGAAACAAGAUUUUGUUAAGAGUGAGAGAGGGGAAUACUGAGAGCUAUGAGGGUGAUAGAGCUGAAAUUUGUAUUGAAAUUGCCUUUUCAACUCCAUGUCUCAUCAGAUACUGCAGUUCAGUGGUUUGGAGCAUGUGUGGGGAUCUGACAUCUGUGUAUUUUUAGAUGUAUCAGCACCCUUUCCUUUUUUACUUGUGCAAACUGAUACCCAGAAGUUUACUGUUGUUAGGAGCUUGUUGCAUGGAGGUGCUUCUAAGCUGUUGCUUCUAUUCACUAUAAUUUGAUCCAUGCUGAUUUAAACAACAAUGUAGCUUUCCUGUAUGAUUUAAUACAAUUAUAGUUUUUGUUGUCUAUUCAGGCACACCUCUAAAAUCAACAACAACCACAUUACCAAUAAUUACACAUCAAAUUGGACUUCUUAUCUAAGUUUUUCACAAGUCUACUUCUACUUCUGCAGUUCUACAAAAUGAGGAUAAGACAGUUCCUACCAAUAUUCUAUUCACCCAACAAUAUUUGAGCAUUGCCCAUUAUCUCCUGUUACAGUAACUGCACCUAAGCACUAGAGGGCAGCAGAAUCCUUAAAAAACUCUUAUGGGCUGUAAACACACUGGUAUGGCCUCCAAACACGCUCCACAUGAAUUCUUAAUGAGGCAUCAAUAGUUACAGAAGGACCAUCAAACAGCUGGGUAUUUUAUGCAGUGGGAGAAAACCUGAUAUAUGACUAUUCCUUAAUGACAAGACCUACAUACGGUGGACUUUUCAAUGUAAUAUGACUAACAGAGAAAUUUGAUCUACUCGCUUUCCCUUGAGAACCUCAUAUCCACCACUUUAUGAAGUAAAUACUAUUGGACAUUUAAACAGCUAAUUUAUAGAUUUGUUUUUCAGUAUUUUAACUAGAACUCUUUAAAAUCCCCAUCUGUUUAUUUAGCAGGAAAAAAAUGUAAUCACUUUGUUGUCUUGAAAGUAAGGAUGAGAUUAUUUUUGUUAGGAGACAUUGUAUAAGCGCAUAAAGGACAAGAUAAGUUCAGGUAUUUUUGUCCACAUGAGGCACUGAAUUUGGUACAAAUAAUAAGGUCCCAACAUGAGCUUUAACAUGCUAUUGUCAGUUAAGUGUAUGAGAAAGGUAAUCCGUUAGAGUGAUUAUGCAAAGUUAACCUUAAUAGCCUCAAGAAUAUAAUACAGGCUUACAAGUUAUGUAACAACGCACCUUAAAAAAUCCAUACUUUACUGGCACUAUCUGCCCAAGACUGAUUGCAUUGAACUGUCUCUAUUUUUCAUCUCACACCCAUAGUUCUGACUAUAUACGAAUAUAAUACAGCUGCUAUUUCCUAAAGACAAUAAAUGAACUCCAUAUUUUCUUUCAGACCUCUGUCUAUAGGCCAUAAGCAGCAAACUCAUAUUAUACAAAUGCAAAAAUUUAUAUGGCACUAUCAUUCAAAGCCUUACACCUCUUUGCAAAUUCCAUUUAAGUAUCAGCGUAUUUUUGUGUUUUUUAAAUGGUAUGUUUAUAUGCAGUGGUUUUUUGGUCUUGAAUUAUUUGUAUUUAAAACCAAUAAGACUUUGUGACUCUGUUAUAAAAGACACUCAACUGUUAAUAAAACAUAACAGUAACAAAGGGAAAGUGAACGCAGGACAGCUAGGACUGAAAGUACCUUUCAGCUCCAACUCAAUCCAGCCAAUAGUUUCCAUGUAAUAUGGUUUUAUAGGGAAAUUGAAAUAUAGAGAAUAGGCUCCUGCAGUUACUGUAUAUGAAUGACACAUUCCUGUCUGUGCUGUCAUGUUUGUCUCUUGUACAUAGCAGUGUUUACUUAUGACUUGCCUCACAGUAGCUUAUCAUACAACAUGCUGCAGGCUGACAAUGAACUGUCUGUUUCUUCAGAGGCUUUUACGCCUGAUAGCAACUUAUCUUUGAAAUAAUCAAAAAAGCUUUUCCAGGCAGUAUGGUCGAAAAAUUACUGACAUAUGUUGUUUUUUUGUUGUUGUUGUGAGCUGCAUUGUAUGUGUAGCUGGGCACAGAGUGGUGCAGUGUCCAGGAUGUAGUGUAAGAGUCUGCACAGCAGGGGGCACUAGAGCUAAAGCUGGCAUUACAUAGGACAGCUGAAUCACAACAAUAUAAACAGAGGCAUUUAAAGGCAAAGUGCUGAAGUUCUCAUCCCAUCCCUGAAAAAUUGAAAAAAAUAAAAAAAUCUUGUGGCUGUACUGAUUUUGUCGAGUAGAGCUGGUACUGAGAGGUAAAAGCUUAGAGUUAAAAACAUAUAAAUAGAUAAAUACUUUCUUUUUUUAAUGCUAAUUUUCUGCCUCACUCUUGGAUUAUUGAUACAAAACAAAAGCCAGCUGCCUUUAUCUUCUGACCUGCCCUCAAAAGAGUAUCAAGUCAUUAGAGCUUUGAUUGCAACUUGCCCGUGGUGACACUCGUCUAACAAAACCAAUAAAUGUGACGCUGAGGAACAAUGGAAAAAAGACAGCUACACGCAGAACAAAUGAAGUCUGCCCCAGCGGAAGUAGCUUGGUAUGGAAGCGUGUUUAACACCAGUAAACAAUAAGCCAUCAUAACUGACGAACUCUUCAUGAUGCAUCAUCAUUAUUAAGACAAAUGUUUCCCUGAGGACAUAUGAAUUAACAAUAGCUGCUGGUUUUAAAAGCAAUGAAGAGGCUUAGCAGGGAUCACAACACAAAAGGCCCAUCCUCGACAAUGAUGCAGGAUGGGAUGUAAUAAUGUUAGACCUCUGCUGGAGGGUUCCUAUGUGAUAAUACUGUAGUGUUUACUUUCUCAAAACCAGCAGUAACCCCAUCAAACCACUUAGGAAUAACACCUCCUGCACCUUUCAUGUAGUCAAAAUUAUAUUCAAUACCAGAAGAAGUUAAGGGUGAUACUUUUAAAGCAACACAGCUUUAGAUCUAGCAAAUGAUUGUGAUAAAAAUAGAGCCAGAAGUUUCCUUUUUUUUCUUUUUUUAGGAGCAUCCUCUAAAUACUUACUGAAGACUUCAGUGCCCUUAAAGCCGCUUUGAAUCUCUUUUAGAGAGGACCUUCAGAAGGAUGCUGUUUUCACAUUUGUCAAGUUGUGUCUUCAGUCGAUUGUAGCUCUAAAAUUCUUAUCUGUGCCACUCCGCAGAAGCCUGACUGAGUUGAGAUCCAGAGGCAGGAGAGUUAUUAUUAAACUCAUAUCCUAAAUGGUACAAAGAUUUUUGACAAUCUUUUACUGUGAGCUGCAUUAAGUUAAGAGAAAUAACAUUGUUGCUCAGAUAUAUUUAAAUUUUUUAUCACUUUUAUCAUAUCAAAUACAAGUUGAGAUGCUUUACGAUUCUCAAUAUUUGUUAAAGUGAAAAUAUAAAACUCAGGAUGCUGUUAAAGGUUUAUUCCACAGGGGUGUAUGAAACGACCUCCUGGACUAUACCUUCUUUUCUUAAUCGUAUAAGGGCAAGCCUAAACUAUGAAUAUGGAUCAUCUUUUGUCUUGUUUUUUACCGAUUACUUGACUAUUUUGAGAGGUAUCAUGUCCUGAAAACCACAAUAAGGUGGUCACGUACUGUAGAGUCAGAUAAGAGGUAAGGGGAGGGCACAGGAGUGAUGAUGUAACAGUCCUACCUACGUUUUACCUUUUUUUCUGCUUUGACCUUGUGAAGGUAAAGGGAACAAUGGAGGAAGAAGAGAGUAGGGAAGGAUAUAAAAAAAAAACAUCAGUGCGUGGAGUUUCAGGAAAGUCAGGAUGGAGGAAAAAAGGAACAGUAAUUUUAAGGCUGGAAGAGGGGGUUGAGGAGAAGAGGUACUCAGAAAAGGCGUAAAGAGGAGGCAAGAGAGGUGAACAGAGAUGGGAGAGGAAAAGAGGGAGGGGCAGAGGGAGGGAGGAGUAGCAUGAGGCAGCUUCACUGCAGUAUUUCAUCUGUUAGCAGUUCUCUGUCUCUCUGUGUCUGCAUCUGCCUCGCUUUCUCACUAUCCACAGGACUGCUGAGUCAGCAGAAGCCAGUGUCAGACUGUUUCUUACACAGUAUAUCAGUGUAUGGGUGAUAGUCGCAAAGGUACAUAUGCGUUUAUAGUGACUAGGUGUGUGUGUCAGCUGUGUGCAAGCGUUUACUUGAACGUGUCUGUAUUAGUUGUGCGUACAGAUUGGUCAGUAUGCAGAGAUGACAUUGACAUAGCAUAGCAGCUAGCAUGCUUAGCUCACUGCUGACAAUGCACACCUUUCGGGUGGAGGGGGUGCAUGUGUGUGUGUGUGUAUGUGUGAGUGUUCAAAUAGAGAGGGAGGUGCUGUGCUGCAUCACAAGCCACCUGACUGUGGUGAAGUAUGCGCGGGGGGGAAAAUUGGGUGUGCUUAUGUGUGUAAAUUAUACAUAUGGUCGAAGGGAGGAGAUGUAAAAAGUGCAUGGGUGAGUGUGUGGGUGUGUGCGUAUGUGUGUGUGGUGCAGAGAGGCAGGCCUGUGGAAUGGUGCAGCAGCAGUGGGAAGGGAGCCAGAAACACCCGACUGCAGAGGAGAGAAUGGUGCAGAGUCCCAUCACACACACACACACACACGCACGCAACAAAUACACACACAUUCAGAGAGAGCGGCGCAGAUUCAUGUGGGGAGUGUAAGCCCGUGCUGAGACAUAGUGUUGGAAUAUAGGAGGAAACUUGAGGAAAUACAUGAUACUUAAACGUCAUUCAAGUCACUUCACAGUGUCUCCAGUUACAUGCUUCAAACUUGCUUAUGUAAAACAUUUUUUUCUACAGUCCCUCAGUGAAGCAGCAUAAGCAUUUUAGCAUUCACUGUGCAUUUUAAAUUGCGAUUGCAAGAUCUAAGAAAAAAAGAGGUGUUCUUUUUCAGUGUCCCAAAAUAAAGAAUUUAUCAUCCUGCCACAUCUCCUUAUUUUACAGCAAGAGUUGCAAUAAUAUAAACUAUACAUGAUGGAGUAAAAUAAGCAUUCUCCUACAAAUAAAGCAGAAAAAAUAAAAUAAAUAAAUAAAUCAGAUACCUCAAACACAUUAACAGUAUACUUUAAUUUUCAGCCCACAAUUACUACUUCAAGUUAAAUCAAACUGUCUUACCAGUGAUAACAGUGAUUACAUUUUUUAGACCUGACUGCCUCAAGUUUUUAUUAUUUUUAUCAUUAACAAUAUUCAACUAGACUUAUUCUGUACCUUCUACCUUCUGUACUUCCUUCAAAUGUAAAUGUGCCCAGAAAUGUCAUUAUUAGGUAUGUGAAUUUGUUCCUAUUAACCAGCGAUCGCUGUGGUUGGCAGCCAUCAGCCAUUCAAUAACAGUACCAAAGUUUACCUUGUUUAUAAAGCAUACUGUAAAAUUUCCCCUCUGUGGUUUAGAGGAGACUUUCGUUUACAUUGUCCUUCCAACAGUAGCCUAAUUUACAUCUUAAAUUCAGCGAUUCAGUCUGGUGUGAAUUUAACAAGCCUCUAUCCUGAUCAGUUUUUGGGGCAACAUUAGUGUUGGUUGAUGUUUUGCUUUGUGGAUUCACUCACACAUACCAAGCUCCAGCUGACCGUUAAUCCUCCCCCAAUUGACUAGUGCAAAUAUUGUUUGUAUUUUUUUCUCUCAUUCUUUUGAAAUUAAUGGAGAAGUGUUUUACAGCUGUAACUGAUGAGCAAACUUGACAAUCUGACAGCGUUCGGAUCCUGUUGUGCUGCUAUACUGGUCACUAGAUGUGAUGUGUGGUGUAUGGGUGAAAGAGCAAACGAUCAGAAACUUAGCUGCUCUGUCAUGAUUGUCUGCUAGCAUGGAGUCAGUGGAGUCGGUGAACAGCCGCUCAUUUUCUGGAAGAUCCAAGAGGUGUUGAGAGUUGCCAUGAGUUACCAAGCACUGUAUGUUACAGCACACGGUACGACUCGCUUCUGGCGUCUAACAGAUGGAAGAAGCGGUGCUGAUGAAGCCAUCUCUGUUACAUACUUGAUACUUCUAUGAACAAAUCAGGGUGGGCAGCGUGUUGCAGCUUUUUCCAAUUGCCUUUGUUCACUGUUUUUUUACACUUGGCUCUUUUAUUUUCGAGGAUGUGACAGCCAUCUCUCCAACAUUAUCAGUCAUAAAGCAGAUUUUUGUGUUUGGAUUAGAAGUUCAAACGUUCAGUUGUGCAGAUAUAUCCCAUGGUAACUUGGCUAAACACACUCAAAUGGAUUUAUUUUGCUUUUUAAAUAUUUAGUUUAGGAAAUUUCAGUGAUUGGGAGUUAGGAAUAGAAGUGGAGGAGGCUCCACUGAUGGAUAAUUUAGGUGCAGCUGAAACAAAAUAACAUGAACUAGUUUAUUUUUUAGACCAUAAACUUGGUUCAUAAUUUUAAAAAGAGCUAGGUCAUUUUGAGCAGUGUGUUGUAAAUUUGCACAGUACUGCCAGCAACUGAGGUUUCCCUUUAGAAAAGGUGAGUUCUUCAUUGAUGAUGGUGUCCGUUGGUGUUAAAUUUCACAAUCUGCCAAUUGAGCAGGUUGACCAGCUGCAUCCUGCUGAAUAAAGCUUUAAUAAUCAAAACGAAUACUGAAUCCUUCUUUACCACAUGCGCUGCAUUUCCUGUGUUUGGCACUCUCUUUGCAUUUAGUCAAACUCUGGUCUUUGAAAUGUCUGGAUUUGUAGUAAAUGCAGUGUCACCUUUAACCCAUGUGCCACAGGCUUUACAGUGAAUGCAGUGCGUCAUAGGAGCGCCACUCAAAGUCUUUCAACACUGUUUUUGCUGCGGGUGCAUCCACAUUCACCACAACACCAUCACCUUCAACAACUGGAAGAGUUAGUUCAUUUAACACAAGGUAGCCUACGAAAAUCACAAAGUGUUCUCUACAGCUCCUGACUACAACAGUGAAGCCCAUAUUCUAUACCUUAUUAUCAAUGAAAAGAUGAACAUUUAAUUAACAGAAGAAAAAAAAAAACUGUGUUGGAAUUUUUACAACACUGUCCAUCAAAGCAGCAGACAGGGAGGGAGUCUGUAGCAGCGUCUUUAUUGAAAGAGAAGCUGUUUCAGAGUCAGACGCACAGUAGAGUAUUAAUCCAACCCAUGUAAGAAAAAAAAAAAAAGGGAGAAGCAGCUGUCGUCUCAUCAAGAAGCACGGUUAACAAGUCCCAGGUGAAUAAAGUCAUUCCAUUACAACUAUCAAGCUUUGAUGCUAAAUGUUGAAUCCCCAAACUGAGUUUUAAAGUUGAAAUUCUGAUGUAGCUUUCUCUCGCUGUAAUUUAUGACAAAAAUAAUCUGCACCCCUCAAAAGACAGGAGAGAAGAAGUUUCUGUCAAACAUGUUUGGAAGCCUGAUGUUAUUCUUUAAACCGCGACUUUGAUUGGAAAUAGAAAUAGACAGUGCCCAGACGAGUUAUGCUUGUGAAUGAAUCUUUGAAACACCAUUUUCUCUGAGCUGCUUCAGUUUUAUACUGUUAGAGGUUUGUUGCAAGCAUAUUCCUUAAUCUCCAAUCAUUUAGCUGGGCUUGGAUCAUUUGUAUAUCUAUUUCACAUCAAAUUACAGUCAGUAUAAAAAAAAAUAACACUCUCUAGACAACGUGCAUAAGAUGAGUCAGCAGCGAUAUAGAAACCCACAUCCUCACUAUGAAGCCUACUGGGAGACUGAAACUGCUGACGUCGUGCUCUUUCAUGCACGUCCAGUGCUUGAAGAAAUGUAUGCAUGAUUUGAUGUACAUUUCGUCGAACGAGAUGUAGUAGCUUGUAGAAUUUACAAUCCACAGAUGUGGGAACAUAUACAAUCAUGUUUUAUACCAUGUGUACAGGCUAACAAACAGUCUCCUGAUCGGCUUGUUUUCCUAUUUGUCCAAGUUCAGAGUAAGGAGUCACUUCCUGAGAGUUUCCGCUCUGAUAUUCUGUUUAUUCAGUAUAAUUAACACUGGUGUUAUUUCCCCUUUACAGGUUGUUCAAGCAUGGAUGUGUUAGUGUCUAGUAAAAUUAAUGCUCUCAAUGGAACAACCGUCAAAAUCCCCUGCACUUUCACUUCCUGCUACAAGAUGGAUGCUACCAAGUUUGCCAUGAACUGGACCUACCAGGAAUCACUCAACGACACUGAAGAAAAGGUAAAGCGUCUAGUUUUUCUGCUCAGCAACCAGCUCGCCUGCAUCUUAAAAUCUGAGCCUUGAUGAACUCCCUCUCUCUCUCUGUCUGUCUGUCUCUCCUUCUCUUCAUCCAUAGUUUAUGACAUAUCUUCACAAAAAAGGAAUGAUGCCUCUGCGCGCACACCGCUUUGGAGAAAGGGUCACGUUCGUCGGGGUCCUGGAAAAGAAUGAUCUGUCAAUCAGCCUGUCAGACGUUCAGCUGGAGGAUGAGGGGUUUUACAACUGCUAUGUGAGAAACCCUCCGGACCGCAUCCAGGGACAUGGUGUCAUAGAGCUCAUAGUGGUAACAGAACGUAAGAAACUGAUCCGUCUUACUAGAAAUACAAUACACUAACUAUCCAUAAACUCCAAACCCUCCCUUGAAUAUCUACUCUGACUUAGUGGAAGCUCAAGUAAACCAAAACCAGGUAGUGGAUUUUGAAUAUUGUAUUUUCUCAUGGAGACGCGCUAUACAGUGAAAUCCAGCAUUCGGUUUGGUUUACUGUGUGUGAGCUUCCUGGAGCACGAGCACCUACUGGUGAUGAGUCAGCUUUUAACUUAUUAAUGACCAGCAAAAGCUUGAACUUAGUCCCCAGCAUCUCUUUUGCACUUGCACGCACACAAACUCCCCUAUGAGGCUAACUCAGCAGCACUUUCUUUCCACUCUGUUUAAUCAGCCCAGCAGAGCUUUUAGCCAGCGUUGCAUUUGUCUCCAUCUUUGGUCUACAACCUAUUUAACUCUAUCCUCUCCUGUCCUCAGUUCCCCCUCCAAGAGAUUCAACCAUAGCAGUUGCUAUAGGAGCUUCAGUGGGUGGAGCGUUAGCUCUGCUGAUCCUUUCCAUGGUAGUAGUGAAAUGUCUCCGUCGACACCGGAAACAAGAACUGAUUUCUGAGGAGAAGAUGGAGGAGGAGGGAAAGCUGGAUGCUGAAGGUGUUGCAGAGGAGGGAACCAAGUAAGAAUUCUCACCGUAGCAUCCUCAGUGCUUAAGCUGAACCUGUCACUAGCAUGAAGAUCAAAAUGUAGAGAAUGACUGCCACUCAUUCUUUCAUCAAACAAGCAUUUUUUAUGGCUUUGCUCUACUGGCUAGAGCAACGCAGAAAACAUGUUGUGGUCAAGUAAAACAACUCUCUGAACACACUCCGCUCUUUUUUAACAAAGGCUAGAUAGUCUAUAGGCCUUCACGAUAUAUCGUUUGAGCAUCGUCAUUGCGAUGUACGUGUGUGCCAGAGUCACAUCGCACAGCCUGCGAUGUCAGAGGUGAAUGAACUCAGUUAAUUUCAAGGGCAGCUGACUGAGGCUGUGUCUCAUUUCAGAGACCGCAUCGUGAUAAGCGCGCUUAACGGCGCUUAGCUGAGUGCACUGCCGUUUUGAGCCGUUUUACGCCGUUUUGCGCCGUUCUGUGCCCUUCCUGUGUCCCAUUUCAGAUACAGCAGCCAUCGAACGGCGCAUCUGACGCGUACGUGAGGUCACCACGCGGCACGAACGGUGUCCCGUUUGGCACAAAAUACUAAGCGCGCUUCAAAUUCGGUCUCAAAACCACACUACCCCCGCCUCGUUUUCAAGCGUGCAUGUAUGCACGCUUUCGUGCCGUCGGUAUCCCAGAAUUCUUUGCGUGCCGCUGCACAGCUGUGCAUUUCAGGUGAGAGGCUGGACUCGCUUGGAGACACAGCGCGUCUUCGAAGAAAAUACAAGAAAUCCAAAAACAGCAGACAGUCAGCUCAGGCUGUAUGAGAGCAUGAUCCCUGAACUCACUAAAAUCUGUAAACCAAACAUUAUAGAUUUAGAGACGAACUGAUCCGCUGUGUUACAACUAUCAAAAACAUUAGAAAUGAGAAAGCUGACAAAACUACAGCAGAGUAUCAGGACAACAUUGAGGUUUUUUUUUCUUUUAAGAUUUAGAGAUCAAAGUUGUAAAUUUAGGAGAAUAAAGUCAUAAAGUAAAUAAAGUCAUAAAGCUGCUUUUGCGGAGGGGGAAAUGACUGAAGCUGGUCAUCUGCAGGGUUAUCUGUGGAUGUAUCAGCGGGUCAUUCAGAGAGAUUUUGUGGUUUCUGAAGAAACAAUCAAACUGAUGAUAAUCAACAUUUGUGAUCCAGAGGGAGUCGAGCUCCGACGAGCACCACGUCUCUGACACCGGCCGUAGCCUACACCUGCAGAGACACCAACACCUUAUUACGGCAUAUGGAUUCAUAUCAUAAACUAAAGCUCAAUGUCAUUCACGGAUAUUAACGGCUGCAUUGACAGAUAUAUCCUCAGCAUAUUCAUUUCUGCCUCCACAAAAGCAGCGAUUUCCUUCAAGUACACCAGUUUUUUCCCCCGUGGAAAAGACGUAUUUCUCAUAUAUUCUUUUUAAAGUCUUUAUACUUAUGACAAUGUGAUGCUGAUGUGCCAGAGGAUGAAGAAUCUCCUUGUUUGUGAAACCUAUACUGAAGCACAGUUCCUUCAAAUGCUUCAUGGCCCUAAUUUUAACAAGUCUCUCUGAAAUAACAGGUUAUGACUUCAUUCUCAUAAAUUAAUGACUUUAUUCUCGUAAAUUCACGACUUAAAUCUCGAAGUCCUUAAAGUCUUAAAUCUCAAUAUGGCCCUCAUACUCCUUCUUACAAAACAAUCAUUGGAUGAAUUGUGCUUGUAUGUAUCUACUAUUUUGUGUCUGUGCAAGGUCGCACAAUUAAAACAAUAAAUGCUGCGCUCCGCGGGUUUCCUUUAAGUCAGUCGUGACGCAAGCCUGAGGGCGGGGACAUUUGGCAACUCCACCAGGAAGUCUUCCGAAGGUCUCCAAAUGUCCCCGCCCUCAGGCUUACGUCACGACUGAUUAGAAAAAAAGCUGCGGAGCGCAGCAGGUAUUGUUUUAAUUGUGCGACCUUGCACAGACACAAAAUAGUAGAUACAUACAAGCCCAGAUCAUUCCCACAAAAUUAAUCCAAUGAUUGUUUUGUAUGAAGGAGUAUGAGGGCCCUAUUGAGAAGGAGGAUAGGAGGUACUUCAUCCUCUGGCACAUCAGCAUCACAUUGUCAUAAGUAUAAAGACUUUAAAAAGAAUAUAUGAGAAAUACGUCUUUUCCACGGGGAAAAAAACUGGUGUACUUGAAGGAAAUCGCUGCUUUUGUGGAGGCAGAAAUGAAUAUGCUGAGGAUAUAUCUGUCAAUGCAGCCGUAAAUAUCCGUGAAUGACAUUGAGCUUUAAUUUAUGAUAUGAAUCCAUAUGCCAUAAUAAGGUGUUGGUGUCUCUGCAGGUGUAGGCUACGGCCGGUGUCAGAGACGUGGUGCUCGUCGGAGCUCGACUCCCUCUGGAUCACAAAUGUUGAUCAUCAUCAGUUUGAUUGUUUCUUCAGAAACCACAAAAUCUCUCUGAAUGACCCGCUGAUACAUCCACAGAUAACCCUGCAGAUGACCAGCUUCAGUCAUUUCCCCCUCAACAAAAGCAGCUUUAUGACUUUAUUUACUUUAUGACUUUAUUCUCCUAAAUUUACAACUUUAAUCUCUAAAUCUUAAAAGAAAAAAAAACCUCAAUGUUGUCCUGAUACUCUGCUGUAGUUUUGUCAGCUUUCUUAUUUCUAAUGUUUUUGAUUGUUGAAGCAGAGCGGAUCAGUUCGUCUCUAAAUCUAUAAUGUUUGGUUAACAGAUUUUAGUGAGUUCAGAGAUCAUGCUCUCAUACAGCCUGAGCUGACUGUCUGCUGUUUUUGGAUUGCUUGUAAUUUCUUUGAAGACGUGCUGCGUCUCCAAGCGAGUCCAGCCUCUCACCUGAAAUGCGCAGCUGUGCAGCGGCACGCAAAGGAUUCUGGGAUACCGACGGCACGAAAGCGUGGAUAAAUGCACGCUUGAAAACAUGCUAAGCGCGCUUAGCAUUUUUUAGCAUCUCGUGCCAAACGGGACACCGUUCGCACCGUCGUGACGUCAUGCACACUUCAAAUGCACCGUUCGACGGUGCAGAAGGGCACUUAGGUCGAUGCGGUCUCUGAAAUGAGACACAGCCUCAGAUACGCUGCAUGUAACUCUGCAUGUGCUGUGCAGCGAUCCACCAAUCACCUUCGUCCUUUACUCAGUUGCCAAUCAGACUCAGUUCUCAGUUGCCAAUCAGACUACCCUACCAGCUGUCAAUCAAAAUCAGAGAGGAGAAAACCCACCCUUGCACAUGUUCUGCACAUGGAGUUACUCGCUGGCUGCAGAAAUGCAUGUCCGCUGAGAAUUACUUUCGGAACUUUACUCAUGACUGUUAAGCCCAACAAAUAAGAACUGUAUGGGUUUUAAAAUGUAUAUUUCCGUGGACCACUCUACUAUAAGCGGUGCGCGUUUUGCGAGGUGCAUGCAAUUCUCGGAGGACAUGCGUUUCUCGGCACAACACCGCUAACAACAACAAGAACGAUUGCAAAAUGAGCAACGAACAAGAGAAAACCACCGAAAAUGAAGAUUUGUUGCCAAAAAGAAAAGGAAAGUCAGUUAUCUGGAAUUAUUUCGGUUAAAAGAAGGAUGAUGUCGACCAAAACACGUGUUCUGUGUUAAUCUGUCGCCACAAUAACGUCCCAGCACAAUAAAAGCUAAAAGUAUCUCUGAGACAGACAGAAGCUGCUCUACUAACAUUCACAAAAAGAGGUAAGAUCAGUGCAGGUUAACUGUCCACAAGAUUUCAGCAGUGCAGCAUAACAUUAAAUGCUAUUCAGGUCAUCGGGUGAAAAUUUCUGUAUUUUUAAUAUCGCAAUGUUAGUUUUUUCCAAUAUCGUGCAGCCUUACUACACAGUCUAUGGUAGUAACUAUGUCAUUGGGACUGUGUUUUAACACGUCAUCAUGUAACUGAAUCUUCAGUAAGCAAAGCAACUUCAAGUUCCCACAAGUGAUCAAUAGGGUGAAACUAGACCUUGGCGCAAGCAGAGGGGCCUAGUCUCACCCUGAGGGGAUUUUAAUUUUAGUAACUGCCUGUUCAACAUGCAUUAUCCCCUUUAUAACAUGGCUGCUGACUACCAUACGGAUAUUUUUUUUUAUAUUGACAACAAAUGUUGAUUUUGUUGACAAUUUUAUUGUUUUAUUUGAAUUAUUUAAAAAUGAUAUGCACAUAAAAAGAUAGGUCCCUGUAAAUGUUUCUCUUUUUUUCCACAGUGCUAACCAAUUGUGUGAAAAAAGUCAAUCAGCAGUUGUAAAAUAUACUCAAAUGUAAUUUGCAAAAGUAGAAAACCAAACAGCCCAGAUGAACAUGGUGCACUUUUCUCUGUUGCUUGAGCACUUUCCUAUAACUACCCUUACAAAACUGGCUGACUUAUUUAUCCCUAACCCUUCUUCACUUUUUCAAUGAAAACUAUCUUCUUAUGGUGUCAUUGAACAUUUCUUCUUUUACAUGUUCCAGACAACCCUAGCUGGGUCUUCAGACUGUGGAGCCCUCAGCCAAACACCUGGCCUGGUGAGAGUUCAAUCAACCUGUUGUGAAGUCUUGUUUAUAUGAAAAAAAAGGGUCAAUCUCUUCUCCAAAGUAAUACCAGUUCAUGUGAAAAUACUGUAAGUCACUCUGUCUCUUUCUUUUCUUUCAGACAUUCCCACCCCCUUCCUGAAGAUCUGUAGUAAACAUGGCUUGGAUAAUCACACACUGAUACUUCCAUUCAUUCUGCAUGUGCGUGCGUGUGUCAGUGUACCGAAUGUGUCUAUGUGCGUGUGUGCGUAUUUCUAUUUGUCUGUAUGAGGCGUGUUGUCUUCCUUUUAUUAAGCCAGGGAACCUUGUUCUGCAACCUAAGCAUCAAGUUCAUUAUUUAUUCAAAACUUAAAGUCAAUUUAAAAAUACAAAGAUAUAAAACUCCUCUCAAGAAUGACAUUGUCAUAGCAAACUAUUAAACAAACUAGGGCUGGGCAGUACGACCCCAAAUUUAUAUAACACUAUAGUUUGAUCAUGAAAGAAAAAUAUUUAACAAAGUGAAAAAAAAAACCUUGGCUGCUCUUGAAUAUUUUUAUUAAAUCACUCAAAUUAAACAGUAACUGUGAAAGCAGACUUUAAAGAGUCAAAAGCUAGUUUCACUUUCAAACAAUAUCUUUUAUAUGAUGGUUAAUUGUGCCGAUUCUUACAAUGUUGUACAGUCAUUUCAGUCAACCUUUGGGAUUUUGUAAACAUGGUUGCUGUCAGGUGUCACCGGGAGCAUACAUUUGUGGGUGCAGGUCCCUGAGAGGAUGUACACAUCUUUCUGCUCGGACCUUUCUCCGUGACUGAGUUAAGAAGUAAUGCGACAGCACAUUGUUUUGUUUAUGUGUGAGCUAUAUUGCAUGGCUAAUUGAAGAAGAGCACAGUAAAUGGUCAAAGCUGUGGCAACUCUUAUUAACACGAUGGCCAUGCAGAGUGUAAUGGAAGCAAAUUACUUGCAUGUCAGGUUUUAUAUAAAAUUCAACCUAACGUUUGAGGCAGUACAGUAAUAAUCAGAAAUUUAAUGCAAAUAAGGAUUAUCUGCCUGGCUGAGUUGGAGUCUUCAGUCAACACUAGUACUAUUAAUUCCAGUACACAGGGACACUCAGCUGCAACACACUGUUCUUGUUGGCAGUGACAUGGAAGCUGGACAAAGAGAGAAUGUUGUGGUUUUGCAGUCAGAGUUGAGCUCUCAUAAGUCUUACAUCAUAUCACUUCCUUUUUGAGAGUUGCCUAACCAUAUAGUUUUUUUCUAAAUAAAUAUCUCCAUCUGUCUCCGACAGAAUGAUGCUAAUGAAGGCAAAUGAAAUGCAUCUUCCUACCUGUACUGUAUGAUGUUAUGCCGUCAACUGAUUCUCUUAGUCAAUAAUAAAAGGAGUGCUUUCCCCUCUUAGAAACUUGGAAAAUAAAAUAUUUUUUUCAUUUUUCUUUAAGCUGUGAUUCAUCCACUCCCCAUUACCUCAUCGCACACCCACCUGCAUCUCUCCUCAGUUUACCCCCCUAACUCACACAACACAGUCUACCCAUGCCUCAUGUUUCAUACACUAUCACUACAAGAAGCGAAAAGCAGUUUUUGUAGUGAUCCAAAUCUGAGUUUGACUAACAUAAGUUGUGUGGGGUACACGUUUAAGUGUCAUUGGCCACCAGCUUGCAAGCGCAAGGCAAAAGGCUUCAGGACCAGACCAGUGCAGGUGGUGCUCAUGGGAGUUGUAGUGGCCUAGUCUCAUAUUACAAGUAUUCUCUUAUGUUAGAUGCCUUUUAAGAAGACUAAAAGUUUAUGGAAAGGAAAAUAUACAAAAGUCAACCCACCAAAGCAGCAAAUUUGAGUGCCAAUGUUACCUGCCCCAGCCUAAUUCCACCUGCAUUAAUUCUCACUAUGAGGAAGGUCAAGGUAACUCUAAUCUUCUACAUUCAAUAUGUUCAAUAUGUAUUCUGGCCAACUGCCAUAGUUGGUUAACAACUGACCAAACAGCUGUCAAAGGAAUGAUAAUGAGUGUACGUUUUACGACACUGCCUUAAAUUUAUGUCUCUCAGCUGCCUGUAUGGGCACAAUGUCUUAACAUAAGUCGAUGCACAUAAUGUGAUCAUGUAGUGUCCAUUCACCAGUGGCUUUUCUUAUUCAGGGGGAAAGUCAUGGUUGUUGAUUCAAGUGAUUCAGCCAAAUAACAUCUCAGUGUCUUCAUUGUGUGUCUAAGCAUUGUAACCAUUUCUCGUACUUGUUUUUGAAGGCUUGCUUCUCGGCAUACAGUUGACUCGUAAAAGCAGGAAAAGCACAAAUUUUGCUACCCAUAC